GAUGGCAGUAGAACGGUAGCUUUACGUAGCCCAGCGUAGAUAGUCAUAGAGGAAGAAGAUGGGGACAUUUUAGCUAAAGACGAGCAGCAGGACGUUCUUCGACCUCUUUGGUUGGCAUCCGCAUCAACAUGGGCCGCCACUUUGGAAACUUGGCCAAAGUCAGGCACGUCAUCACAUACAGUCUGUCACCCUUUGAGCAGAAGGCGUUUGCAAACUAUUUCUCCAAGGGAAUUCCCAACGUAUGGAGAAGGUUCUCAUCAUCUUUCUUCAGAGUUGCCCCUCCAAUGAUCCUCAUGUACGUGACCUACACGUGGGGCAACAGUGCUCACCAGCAGAGCAAGAGGAAGAAUCCCGCUGACUACGAGAACGAAGAAUAAACUUUUGUCAGUCACAAGGUUUCCUCUGUUGUUAAUUGCUGCUUCUGUUUCACCAAUAAAGAUGAAAAAAAUAUUUGUUGAAUUAA